AUGGACUGCGGCGCCGGUUUUGCCUUGGGGCAACAACUUGCGAAGGAUGCCCUUCACAUGCAGGGCGGGGUGCGUCCUGGGACCACUGGCAACGUGGAGCAAGAUGCUCUUAUGACUGGCAUGAUGGUACCACCCACCGGGCCCAUGGAAGACUGGGCUCAGCACUUUGCUGCCCAUCAACAUCACCACCAGCAGCAUCAACAAAUGAUGAUGCAGCGGCAACAUAACGAUGCGCUCAUGAUUCAGCAGCAGCAUCGGGAUAUGGAGGAGGCAUUUCGCGCAUCCGCCAGAGCUGGGGCACCACAGCAAGCCAACGCUGGACCUCUUAUGAUGCCUCCAGGUCCAAUGAUGAUGGCAGGGGGAAUGGCUCCUAUGAUGCACGCUGGUGGUUUUAUGAUGGGCGGGAUGCCGCAAAUGAUGCCAUGUACUCCCAUGGGAAUGAACAUGGGGAUGGCGCCAGUAGCAACAAUGAACCCAGCAACGACAAGUACAGUAAGUGGUGCUAGAGAGGGUGCCACUGCAGUAUCUUCUGCAGCACCGGGUGUGGUGGAUUUGGGUGGUGACAGCGCAUGGGCGGAGAAAUUGCACCAGGCGGAGUGGGGACAGGAUUACAAGGAUGUUGAGGUGCAUACGGUGGAGGGCUCAACGGCACAAACUGUAGAAGAACAUGCCAAGACGUCCAAAUUUUAUGAGUUUAUGGAUAAGAUACGCAAAAAGGAACUUCUUGUUGAUGAGGAUUCAGGGGAGGUUGUUCAGGGACCGGGCCCAGACCCGGAUGUGGAGGCUGACACAGAGUAUUUGGCUAGGUUGGCUGCUAUGGAGGGCAUAAACGUACCGCCCAGUGUCAUGGACCACAUGCAGGGACAAGACGGCGUUCAGAGGGGGACCGAUGAGGAUAUGGAAGGAAUGAUGGGUGAUGAUGUGUACGACCCCAGCGCCGACGUUGAGCAGUGGGCACAGGAAUACGCUCAAAUGCAGGCCAUGCAGGAGCGUCUGCAGAACAACACAGACUAUCCGUUUGAGGCCAACAACCCAUAUAUGUACCACGAAAACCCCAUGGAGGAGGGUCUUUCAAUGUUAAAGCUAGCUAACCUUGCGGAGGCUGCGCUCGCUUUUGAAGCGGUGUGCCAAAAGGAGCCUGAACGUGAGGAGGCUUGGCGGUCUCUGGGCUUAACUCAAGCUGAGAAUGAGAAGGACGGUCUCGCCAUCAUCGCACUCAACCAUGCACGCAUGUUGGACCCGAAGGACAUUGCAGUGCACGCCGCGCUCGCGGUGUCCCACACAAAUGAACACAAUGCCAAUGCGGCACUGGCUUCGUUACGGGCAUGGCUGUUGUCGCAACCGCAGUAUGAACAGCUUGGCUCAGUUAACCUGCAAGCGGACGUCGACAUAGAUGAUUUGAAUGUACAGAGCGAAGAUUUCUUCUUUGCGGCUCCAAAUGAGUACAGAGAGUGCCGUACGCUCCUCCAUGCAGCCCUGGAGAUGAACCCCAAUGACGCUCAGUUACACGCAAGCCUUGGUGUAUUGUACAACCUUUCCAAUAAUUAUGACUCUGCGGCUGCUAACCUCCGCCGCGCUGUGGAACUUCGACCCGACGACGCGCAACUGUGGAACAAACUCGGCGCGACUCUCGCAAAUGGCAACCGACCGCAAGAAGCUCUGGAUGCGUAUAACCGCGCACUUGACAUCAACCCGGGAUAUGUGCGUGUCAUGUAUAAUAUGGCGGUUUCCUACUCUAACAUGUCACAGUAUGAUCUCGCGGCGAAGCAACUGGUACGCGCGAUUUAUAUGCAAGUGGGCGGCACAACUCCGACAGGAGAGGCCUCUCGUGAAGCCACGCGCUCCAUGUGGGACUUCUUCCGUAUGCUUCUGAACGUUAUGAACCGUCCGGACCUCGUGGAACUGACAUAUGCUCAAAAUGUGGAGCCAUUCGCAAAGGAGUUUGGCCUGCAGUCUAUGUUACUGUGA